AUGUUCCUCUUUCCAAGUUUCUUAGUAAAUCCAGUCAAUCGUUUGUCAACUCCCUCUCCAUUAAUUGUUUUUCUCUCUCCUCAACUUCGCCAUCGACCCGGGUGCCGUAAAUAGCAAGGAAACCCAAACAACCCAUUCCGUGAACGGGUUCUCCAGGGCUAUUUCCUUUUUUUUUUCCCUCGGACUCGACUCUUCAACCUUUUUAAUUCGACGACCCCCUUUUUCCAACCACCACCAUCACCGCGCUCGCUUUUGGGUGCUCGGACGGGCGGCCGACACUCGACACCUUCGCUAGUUUUUUUACGAUUUUCCUAUGCUCUUCCGGAUUGGUGGGAUCUUUUCCUUCGAUUUGAGACAAUCGAGAUAACCCUUUGUCGACUUCCUCCCGAAUGUAAUUGACUGUACAGUCGCUAUCAACAAAGGAGUACAACAUAAUAUUACGACACCUGGUAUCUUUGGCAUUGAGGUGGAGGAUUACUUGAUUUACAGUCCGGACAACACCAAAAUUUAGCGGCCAUGUGGUUCUCAACAUUGAGAUCGAUACUAUUAGUAUCAUGGCUUUCAGCACUGCUUCCCGGCGCUGCCGCGGAGCCUAUGCUCGUAUCGAAUUCGUUGAACACAUGUCAAGAAGAUUCCAUGUUUACGGCCAGUUUGUUCCAGGUUGUAUACACACCGAAUAACAAUACAGCGUUCCUAAAUAUCGUGGCAACAUCAUCCGUCGAAGGUAAUGUUCAGUUCGACAUCGCCAUUUCUGCAUACGGCUACACAAUUAUUAAGACGACCGUUAACCCCUGCGAGAUUGGUUUGGCUGGUCUCUGCCCCAUGACUGCGGGUAAGAUUCCGUUGAAGUUCAACCUUCCCGUUGGUGAUACGGCUGCCUCUCAGAUUCCCGGUAUUGCCUACACUUUCCCCGAUUUAGAUGCGACCGUUCGUGUUUUCUUGAACAUGACCGACACCGGAAAGAGUGUUGCUUGCGUCGAAGCCGAUAUCUCCAACGGAAAGACGGUUGAUUUACUUGCGGUAAAAUGGGUUCUCGCUAUCAUCGCCGGUUUGGUUCUCUGCUCUUCAGCCAUUAUCAACGGUCUAGGUCAUUCUAAUGCAGCUGCUCACAUCGCUUCGGGUGCUCUUUCGUUGUUCAGCUUCUUCCAGUCUCAAGCCAUGCUCGGCUUGACUGCGAUUCACCUGCCGCCUGUUGUCCAAUCGUGGACUCAGGAUUUCCAGUGGUCCAUGGGUAUCAUUAACGUUGAUUUCAUGCAGGAUAUCUUCACUUGGUAUCAACGUGCUACCGGUGGUACGCCGUCUACCAUUUUUGAUUCCUUAACCACUGUGUCAGUGCAGGUUGAAAAGCGCGCACUUGACGUUCUUCCGGAGGCAGCAGGCAACUUGUACCGACGAGGGGCUGCUUUGGUUCCGCGAGCCGUUGGUUCGCUGAUGAAGCGUGGCAACGUCAUGACAGGUUCCGGUAGUUACAUCGUUUACGGUAUUCAGCGUGUUGCCUUUAGAGCAGGUAUCGAAACGACAAACUUGUUCAUGACUGGUUUGAUCUUCUUCUGCCUGUUUGUUAUCAUCACGAUUGGCGCUGUUGCCGCGUUCAAGGGUUUCUGCGAGUUGGCCGUCAAGCAAGGAUGGAUGAAGGGCGACACGUUCCUCGAGUUCCGUAAUGGAUGGCUCACCGUGCUCAAGGGUAUCCUAUUCCGUUUGACCCUGAUCGGUUACCCCCAGAUGGCCAUUUUGUGCCUUUGGGAGUUCACACAAGUCGAUUCGCCUGCGGAGGUUGUUUUGGCAGUGUUCUUUAUUGUAGGAAUGACGAUUACUCUGGGUUGGGCUGCUUCUAAAGUUAUUCGAAUCGCUCGCCGCUCUGUCGCUAUGCACCGCAACCCUGCUUAUAUCCUCUUCUCGGAUCCCCAAGCGUUGAACAAGUGGGGAUUCUUAUACGUCCAGUUCCGUGCUUCCGCCUACUACUUCAUCAUUCCGGUUCUUGGUUACACUUUGGUCAAGGCCAUGUUCAUUGCGUUUGCGCAGCCCAGCAGUACUGCUCAGGCCGUCGGUUUCCUCCUCAUCGAAGCUGGUGCCCUGAUCGCUGCUAGUGUUCUCAGACCAUGGAUGGACAAGAGCACCAACUCUUUCAACAUCGCGAUCUGUGCUGUUAACUUUAUCAACGCCAUUUUCCUCCUGAUUUUCUCAGAUGUAUUUAACCAGCCUCCGUUGGUCAAUGGUGUUAUCGGUCUCAUUUUGUUUUUCCUUAAUGCUAUCUUCGCCACUGUCCUCUUGAUUAUGGUUAUCGUUUCGACUGCGCUAGUCUUCUACCGCAAGAACCCCGAUGGCCGUUACCAGUUUAUGGCUGAUGACCGAACUUCUUUCAUGAAGUCUCAGUCUCAGCUCACGGGUACCACUGAGCUGGAUGCCCUUGCCGCAACUGCUCGUGGUGACAAGGCAGGCUACAAGCAAGGUUUGGACCUUGAUGACGACAACGAAUCCAUAUCGUCCGCCUCGAUGCGCCGCCGCACGGACACAUCAAACUUGACGAUUCCUACGGCAGCACCAAACGGCGCAUACGCCCGUAAUAACAACACGAACCCUCCCCACUCCCCAGUGGACCCAUCUGUGCCGCUCUUCCCGGCUACUGGAGGCCCGCAAAGGGCUCCUAGCCCUUACGGUGGCCCUUCCGCCCCCCCCUCCAGGGCUCAGAACGACAGCCCUCCUAGUUACAGAGCGCAGAACAAUGCUAGCCCGUGGCAACGAGGCGCAGGUUACGACCAUUAGGUAAAGGUCGUGACGCGGGAGGAAAAGGGAUUCUUUUAAACUGGACGUAGUCCUUACAUUUAUUUUGUACUGGGACAUCAUGACAAAAAUGAGCCGGAGUUAAGUUUCUUAGGUCAGCAUAUACAGGAGGAUAGCUCUUUUUUUUCGAAGAUUUCUAUCUUGAAUGACGCGACCGUUGGGUAAUCGAAAUGGUACUACCGACAAUAAGACGAUAAUCGAACCUACCACAUCUUUAUCUAAACUUUCCAAAUACUGUACCAAGAAGGCGGCCCUACGAAGGUUGCUAGAACGCGUCGGAAGCAUCAUCAUCAUCAACUAGGAGGGCGUCGUUAGGAAGGGAGGGGAUGUUUACGCAAACAAUUUUACAAGAACCAGACCAAACCUGUAUCAACUGUGACUAGCAUGUAAAUACAAAGCCCAGAGAGAUUCGCAGGGGGCAAAAAGAUUUCCGAAGAGACCUGGGCACAGCUGGGCUGGGGAGUUUUAGGGACAUGAUUUUUAUUUAAAGGUUAUUACACCGAUAGACCGUCACCACAUCGUCGACGGCGAAGCAUGUCAAUAGUUAAUUGAUUCCGUCAAAA